AUGACAUCCCGACUAGUCUUAAAUUCAUUGGCGGAGAAGGUCCUCCAAUGCCACUGCACUGUCAUUCUUAUGGUAGCAAUGCGCCUAUGGCGCGGAUCUGUCGGACUCUGAUGGAUGAAGGUGUUUAGAGUACUGUGUCUUCAUCAUGGCAGGUUAAAUGGGAGAUUAAAGGGUUCGCGUCCAUACCAUCAAUAGAUCUUUGAUUGUUUAGGAUAUUAUUACGAGUUUUCGAACAAUUAAUUGUGAUAAUUACGGUCUGAUUUUACCUGUAUCAUUUGUGUGAUUUAGAGGCGGCUUCGCUUUGUGAUCGUUCUGCAAUUUGAAACCUCGGUCUUUCCACUGGAUAUUCCAUUCUGUCCAUUUGACUGCUCUUGCGUGACGACUGUAUAUGAAUUCGAGAAAACAUAGCAAAAAGACCUGCAAUACAUUUCCGACUCCAAAACAGGAGAGAGUUCUCAAAUACGCGUUCAGGAAUCUCCAUUCGCAUUUCCUAAUUCUGUUUACAUGUGCACCGAAAACUAAUCAAUAUGAAACUGUGGAUGCUGAUUUCUUGUGAAGCAGGUAACUUAGAAACUUGGUUUAUAACCAGACGUAAAAACACCGAUGAUCUGCUUCGAAUGAAUGUAUGCCAUUGCUCUGCUGUCAAUCAAUAAACGAUUUAAUUGACUGUUCCCAGGUAGAGUUUCAAGUGAUCUUCUCGUCCGCAUAUGGCAAUGAAAUGUGGAGCUAUCUCUUCAGAAACCUGCAAUGAUAGUCGAUAGGUUAUAUGUUUGGUCCUUCCACGUCUACAAUUGCUUGAUCAUCAGUCUAAGAGAGUUAUAAAGGACAAGAACGUUGUGGGUAAUUUUUCGCUCCAUUUAAUUUUUUUAAUCUGUUGGGGAUUUAAUUUUGCGGAUGUAUCAAUGCAAACCUAGUUAAUUGACAUGCAUCCCUAGUAAGAGUAGUAUUUCACUCCCUAUGCCCAAAUUAUUUCGUCUUUCAAGUUCUAUCUUAGGAUUUUCAUCGUAUAUCAUUAUUGA